UUUUAUAUAUGUAGUGGAGCGGAUACCGUUUCAGGAAACACCGGCCACCCCGAUAUCCACGUGACCCUUCACCCUAGAUGGCGCCUUGUGUCCGCGCAUGACAAGGCAGACCAACGUGGGCACUGUCCAUUCGACCGGCAUCUCUUAUCGCUGUAGUGUCCGUAUGCUACUGGACCUACGUCGUCUCCACUCCCUGUUCGUGUCUGGUUCUACACCAUGUGUUUAUGUAUGGCUGCAGGUCUUUAGUGUAUAAUAAAGUUUGGAAUCGUCCUACGAGUUGCCUUCGUCAUUUAGAAUUUAGUUGUCUUCUGUGCCAAACCCACCACAGAAACUUGGUAGCACGAGUGGGGUCAGGAAGAGAGACAACACUGUUCGAUCAGAAGGCGUCUCAGAAUCUGCUUCCUGACAACCGAAACUAAGAAAGUGACAACCAGACGUAGAUGUCAACAAGUAACAGUUAGUUUAUUCCUGUUUCUGUACUUUCAAAUAUUUUCUAUUUUUUGUUUUCUUCUUUUUGUUUCAGGGUAGUUAGAUUUAGUUUAGUUUAUUUUAAUAUAAUUUGCUUAUAUUUUCUUAAUUGUGAUUUUACUUCGCUUGAACAUUGUUUCUGUUGAGAUAGAUUUUGUUAUUAGGUUACUAUUAUUGUUAGAGUUUCUUAAGACCUGCAGCCAGAUGGAGAUGGUGGAACCUAGUUCAGUGAAAGGGAGAGACUUGGGUCCCACGUGCAGUGGAGGAGAGCCGGAGGGAAUGGAACGUGUCCCUAAAGGGAUGUUGACUCGACUACAAGCUGAACUUGAGGCAUUGAAGCUGGCCUGCCAGCGCCCUCACUACAUCAUAGAACCUGCUAGAAAAAUGAGACAGUUCAGUGGGGAUGGCAGAAAUGUUGAGGUUUCAAUUGAAGAUUUCGUCAGAGAAAUAAGAGAUCUAUGGGAACUUCGGCCUUACCUCUCGCCUCAAGAGAAGACAGCAACCAUCAUUGCGAAUAUAAGUGGUUCAGCUAGAGUAGAGGUAGAUCUUCAGCCACCUCAUAUCAGAAGUGAUCCAGAAGCUCUGCUCGAUGCACUUACCUCUGCGUUUGAAGUAAUCAUACCUGUGCGAGAGGCAGAGAUUACAUUUCUGAUGUCGCAGCAAAGAAGACGUGAGUCACUUCUUGAAUUUUCUCACCGACUAUUUAAGGAGUUUACAACGGCCAUAAGACAAGAAAAAAGAGAAGGAAUAGAUUGCUUCAAGGAGGAAAGAUUGAGGGACCAAUAUGCCUAUGGAGUGAGAGAUCCAGAACUUCGCAGAGAGCUGUUUAGGUUCAUAGCGCAACAUCCCCAGAUAAGUUUUCAAAGUCUACGAAACUAUGCAUUCAAGUUGGAGAACCAGAACAAAGAUGCAGCUCGAGCCCAAGAGCAGUGGUCUGAGGUUCUCUUAGCAAAAUUGGCCAAGUUAGAGAAGCAACUUGAAGAGAUAAAGGGGUCAGGCUAUAACAUUCUGCUAAGUUCAACUAACGCUAACCCAAUCUCUAGUCAACAACACCAGGGGUCUGGUUAUAACAGUCUGCCAAGCUCAACUAACCCACUUUCUAGUCAACCACAUAGUCAACGCAGACCAACACAAAGACACACGAAACAUAGCAACCAAAACAGAAUUCGACCAACAGCACCGCCGGGUCUUGUGUGGUCAAGGACGAAGAGAGGAUUCUUCCCAUACACUGAUGAUGGAUCACCAGUCUGCACCCAGUGCUGGGAAGUUGGACAUGUAAGGCGUCACUGUCAGCAAUCACCACAACUCACAGCUGAGGUUCAAUCUGUGAGCAACAGUGAACCCAUUGUUUCACAGCCAACCCACCAAGUAGAACAACGAACCAAUGAGCAACAAGCUGAUGCAAUGUACAAUACAGAUGCAAGUCACUCAAUUCAAACAUCGAGAAAUAGAAACUUUAACUCUGGGCAGCCAAACAAGAACAGGCAUAACAGAGUCCGGAGGCCAGAUAGACAAAGAAGAAACUACAAGCAUUUUAACCAGCCACAAAGACUAUUUCGCUCACUGCUCCCUAUCACACUUUCUACAGCUUCCCAGUCAUUAUGUUUAGAGAAAGACAGACCACUCUGUAUGACCGAUGGAACCAGCACGUUACAAACUGGAAAGAUGCUUGUCGUUCCAGAAGACACUGACAAGAAACAGUUGUUUCGGUUUUCAGAAACCUACUAGGCUGAACGCCCCGGGACGGGUCGUUUCAAGCUAGGGGCUCUGUAGUGGAGCGGAUACCGUUUCAGGAAACACCGGCCACCCCGAUAUCCACGUGACCCUUCACCCUAGAUGGCGCCUUGUGUCCGCGCAUGACAAGGCAGACCAACGUGGGCACUGUCCAUUCGACCGGCAUCUCUUAUCGCUGUAGUGUCCGUAUGCUACUGGACCUACGUCGUCUCCACUCCCUGUUCGUGUCUGGUUCUACACCAUGUGUUUAUGUAUGGCUGCAGGUAAUUGCAUUUUACUUUUUUAUGUUAUAUUGUAAUUUUAUUUAGUAGUCUACAUAGAAUAUCACUAUCCCCGGAUUUCGUCCAUAUUGUUGGACUAUCGUUAUUUUUAGGAAAUCAGUAUGUAAAUGUUUCCAUUUGUUGAAUUGUGUACCUUUAGUAUACCAUACGAAUUAGAUCCUAUAUAGAAUGUUAAAUGUCCAUCUUGUUAAUCUAAUUCUACAACCAGUGUGUGGAUACUGGCUUUUAUGAACCAGUUGUUCUAUUUAAUUGUUAUUGUCUCUUAUUUUUUAUAAUGUUAAGGGUGUUCCAUAUCUCUCUUGUGUUUGUAUAAGAGAUGGUUGGCUUACACUAUAUGAUUUUCUUUUCGUUUUUUUGUUAAGAUUUAAUAUUUAGACUUUGAUGUUGUGUGUGCAACUUGGUCUAACCAGUUAGGCUUAUUAAUUAUUUUUAGUUAAUGCUCAUUAGUUAUUAUGUUUUAUGUUU